CAGACUGGGUUAUGCCGUUGCUAAACACCCCAUCCUGACAAUCUGUCUAUGUGUCCUUAUAUGUGGCCUGUGUGGAAUAGGAAUGAAGGACUUCAAAGAGACAAAAGAGGCGGAAAAACUCUGGGUACCUUCAACAUCACGAAUUCAGGAGGAAAAACGCUGGGUGAUGAAGAACUUUCCACCUUUCACUCGAUACGCUUCUGUCAUCAUCACAGCCGACAACAUCCUUUCACCAGUGUCCCUCAGAGCGAUGAUGGCAUUCUACAAGGCUGCUAGUGCUGUAGAGAGUGGUCCACACACUCUAGAAACUUUGUGCUUUCGAGUUGGUACUGUCUGCCAUGUGACCAGUGUGCUAGAACUGUGGUUUUAUAAUGAAGAUCUCAUCAAUUCCCUAACACAGGAAGACAUUAUUCACAAAAUCAACAAUGUUACAAUGAGUCCAAUGUAUCACAACAAGCUUCACCUGGGCUCCCUACUUGGUCAGACCUGGCAUGACUCAUCCGGCAAGAUUGUGGGAGCCAGGGCCGCCUCCAUGUUAUUUCUGCUGUACGAUAAUGCUAAGUGGAAGGAGCUUGCCAUGGAUUGGGAACUCCAGAUGGUCAGUCUGGCGAAAUCGGGUCACAGUGACCUAAAUGAUAUCUUCAUCUACACAACAAGGAGUUUUGAUGAUGAGGGUUAUGGAGCUGUGGAUGCUGAUGUGAACCUACUGUCCACAGGAUUCUCCCUGGUGAUGAUCUAUCUCAUCCUCACUCUGGGCAGGUUCAACCUCGUCCAUCAGAAGUUCUAUCUGUCUAUGGCGGGACUCCUGAGCGUGGGACUAGCCAUUGCGUUUGCCUAUGGUCUGGCCAUCUCAUGUGGAGUUCUGUACGGUCCUGUCCAUGCGCUCAUGCCUUUCCUCCUCCUGGGUAUUGGGGUUGAUGACAUGUUCGUGAUCGUGGAGUCCUGGAAAAACUUGACCCCAAAGGAAAUGCAGCUGCCCCUGGUGGACCGGAUGGCACUUUCUCUCAAGCACGCUGGCGUGUCUAUCACUGUGACCUCCAUCACUGACGUUGUGGCUUUUGCUAUAGGGGCUUCAACGGUGAUUCCAGGCCUCAGUGGCUUCUGUAUCUAUGCAGCCCUGGGGAUACUGGGUCUUUACGGUCUCCAGGCAACCUUCUUUGUGGCCUGUCUGACGUUGGAUCAGCGUAAGGUGGAGGCCUCGCGUGAUGGUUGUAUACCCUGCUACAUACACAAAAACUAUACCCCAAAUUCCUUCAGCCAAUGGAAUAUAAUGAGUACAAUCUUUGAAAAAUACAUUGGACCCACUUUGAUGAAGUUUCCUGUCAAAGUGCUGGUUCUACUAGUCACGUUCGCUCUACUUGGAGUCAAUAUCUGGGGGUUUUACCAGCUACGGCAGGACUUCAGCCUAACAAUGUACAUCCCGUCCGAUUCCUACGCUCAUAAAUACGCCAUGGCCAGGGAGGAGUAUUUCCCGUCUGACGGGCUUGACACCGCUGUCUACUGCAAAGACUUUGAGUACCACAAGAGUCGGGAUUUGAUGGAGAAGAUGUACCACAAUAUAGUUGAAGAUCCAUACAUCAUCAAUGGUUCUGUUGUGUUCUGGUUCUCCGCCUUUAAUGACUGGUUUGACACGGUGAAGGAUGAACCGUCCGUGGCCCCUGCCAUUUAUGGAGAUGUACCGUAUCCAUACUCCAAGGCUUGGUUUGCAUUACUGCUACACCGUUUUGUCUACCAGACCCCACAGGGCCAGGCCUACCAACAGUUCAUUAAGUUUGAGUUUGCAUCAUCGACUGGCAACCCAAUUAUCUUGGGAACAUAUUUUACACUGCGACACACCUAUCAACCUGACUCUAAGUCUGAGAUCAUCGCCAUGGAGAGUCUAAGACAUGUUGUAGAUAAUUUGGGGCUCCCUGGAGGGGGAUGCUUCGCCUACACCGAUGUUUACCUUACAUAUGAAACAAAUAAGAUACUUCAACGGGAGCUGUACCGGAACCUCCUUCUGGCUGUGAUCUGUGUGUUCAUUGUCACCCUUCUAUUGAUAGCAAACUUCCGCACCAGUCUCAUCGUAUUCACAUGUGUCAUUUUCACCCUGGUUGAUGUAGCUGGUACACUUCACUUCUGGGGUGUUACCAUAGAUACAGCAAGCAGCAUCCUGCUGACCCUGUCAGUGGGCCUGGCGGUUGAUUACUCCGCCCAUAUUGGUCACAUGUUCAUGACAGUCCAGGGAACCAGACCAGAGCGAGUGGUGUCCACACUGAAGAAGAUUGGCCCGGCUGUGUUUAGUGGUGGCUUCAGUACAUUCCUGGCCUUCUUACUGCUGUGUAACAGCUACAGUUAUGGCUUCUCACUGUUUUUCAGGGUGUUUUUUACAGUUGUGUUAUUUGGGCUGUUCCAUGGACUUAUCUACCUCCCUGUUGUCCUGAGCUGGAUUGGGCCAGAACCAUACGACACACAUGUGAUGACAGAAGACAGGACAAAUAUUUACAUCCCAGAGUGUAAAUGUGAAAGUCAAGGGGAGAUCAAUCACUUUGAACCAUCAACACAGAGACCAACUUUCGGGGAAUCUGCAGACCAGGAAGCUUUGUGGGUUCCACAGGACCCCUACGUUAUGGACAAAACAGAACUUACCUCUACGGACACAGUCCAGUCACCUCUACUGACCAACAGCUCGAAGGAUACGACAACUCAACCGGACCUGCCAUCAUCUCAGACGACCUUGACCUCCAUGCUGCCAUCAGUCAACAUCACCACGGAUACCAACCCUCUUCUACAGGAAAGGAAGGUAGACGUGUCCCCGACUGGUUCUGGCGAGAGGAAGGAAGAGGACAGAAACAGCGAGUUAAUGCCACUGGUUUCCCCGUGGUUAGUGAAGGGUUCAGUGGCUACCUUGGCGCCGUCCUGGGAAGGUACAGCCAGCAGCAUCAAAGCAGACCUACUACCAGGAGGGCUCCAACCAGGGCCCACAGUGUCAACAAUCCAAACAGCACCACACCAGAUACAGACAGAGGAAUCGACCACAGGGCAAUCCACACAUCAGAGAACAGACAAAAACAGGGACCACCCAUAUGCAGAAAUCACAGUUUCCCAAAACAAGGAACUAAACGAAAAUACCCAGACACCUCCCCCAACCUCAGGAACAUCUUCCUCAGUCACGACGACAACACCAGACUCUGGAAUCCACAAUGGGCUCGACACAUCAGUGACAGAGACAGAACCACAGACGUCCCCGUGGGUGGUGAAGGGUUCACAGCUAAUCCUGGUUCCAGGGUGGAACAACACAAUGGAACCUCCCAACACCAACAACAGUCAUCAACAGAAUGGGCAGGGCAAACUAACGGACAGUGGGAUGGAUCCCUCCAGGAAUUCUACGUCUGAAGCUGAUAGGGGCCCAGUCCAGAGAGCGAGUGUAAAAUGGACCCUGUCUCCGACACACGCACAUGUAUACACAACACACAUGGAGGCGUGUCCUGAAACAACCUUAUCUGUUAAUAGGACGUUAAACAAAAUAUAACCAAAUCAUUCCAUAAUUUGAUCUCGGUUCAGAAGAACCCCAUUUCAAGAUGAAAUUUAGGGAGGGCUCAAUACUAAGUAUUUUGUUGUCUAUUGACUUUUGAAAGUUUUCUAUUCAAUUUGUAUACUUGCCAACUUUCACUAUUUUGGAGGGAACUCAAUUUUGGACCCUUAAAUAUAACUUUCCAACCAGUGAAUUUGCUAAACUAUUCCUAUAUUUUAAGAUCUUGAGAUUUCAUCUGAGAGAACAACUUAAAUUAUGCCAUUUUAACGUGUCGUUUUUUCCCUAGGGGUAUAUACAAGCAUUUUAUUUAUGUUUUUAUUAUGAGCAUAGGGAAUAACCACCAUGGAAGUUUUAAAAGAUUGGCAAAUAUGAAUUGUAUGAUGUAAAUAGAAAAUUGAUAAAGUGUAUCUAGAAUGAAUCACAGCUUCUAAUUGACAUCCACUGUUUUUAUUUGUUAAAUCAUGUUGAAAUCCACACCGGAUUUGGUCAUUGAUCAAUAAUCUGUAAAUCACCAAUUUCUGCCUGCCCUCCAUCAGAUGAUGCAUGUUGUAGCUAAAUGAUUUUUAUUGUACAGCGGGUCGACUUUAUGUAACUUUUGGUUUUGUCUCCAAAUCAUGUUUGUUACUUAUAUAUACAUUUUUUUGGGUGUUCUGUCUCAAUUUUUUUUAACUAAAUAAAGGAGUUAUGAUUGUGAGCAUUAUUAAAUAUAAAUAUUAAAAGCUUUGAACUAUAUGUUGAACAUGAGAAGAUUAUUUUAGUACGCUGAAAUCCCAAUCAACCUGGACAUUCAACUUUACCAACAAAUUGUCUAAACGGCAAGAACUUCAACUGAAAAUAUCAUUUCAAUUAAACUCUUCUUGGCUUAACAAGGAGUUUUGUCACAGACCAUGUGUUUUUUCACUGAUGAUCAAUUCUGUCACUGACAACAAGGUCUGUUACUUCAGUGCAAUAUUGUUUGAUGUGCUAUUGGUGUCAAGUUUUGUCGAGUCAGUAAAAACGUCCUUUGCUAAUAGUUUCAAUAGAAUAUUCCUUGCUUUUUAUGUUAACUAGUUGGGUAACAUUGAGUCGACUGUAUUCAAAUAUUAAUACUGAGUGUAAACAAGGUAUAUCCUCUCUAAUUUUGUAAAAUAUGUUUCAGUGGUGAUAGAACCCAUCACAAGAUUAGCUUCAAAUAGUUUUCCUCAGACAUGCUUGUCUGUUGUUUUAUUCUGUAAAUGUCAGAUAACAAGUAACAGGUUAACUACAGCAGUAUUUGUCUUAGUGCUCAUGAUUCAUGCUAUCCCGAAGGCAGUCACUUGACAAUUUGUUACAAUAACUUUUAUUAGCUUAAUUAUCUUGCCCAGUGACCUUGUGCCAUCGUUCAUUGUCUGUCUGCACAGAUGUCUGACCUUCAUUUAAAAGAUGACAAUCCAAAGUUGCUAAAAGCAUUUUGACUACAUGGCUCUUACAUGUGUCAAGGGAAUUCAGCAUUGUGAACAUGAAAAGUGUGGACCCUAGGAGGUUAGAGGGGCUGGGUCCAAAAGUGUGGACCCUAGGAGGGCAGAGGAGCUGGGUCCAAAAGUGUGGACCCUAGGAGGGCAGAGGAGCUGGGUCCAAAAGUGUGGGCCCUAGGAGGGCAGAGGGGCUGGGUCCAGAAGUAUGGACCCUAGGAGGGCAGAGGGGCUGGGCCCAGAAGUGGGGACCCUAGGAGGGCAGAGGGGCUGGGUCCAAAAGUGUGGACCCUAGGAGGGCAGAGGGGCUGGGUCCAGAAGUAUGGACCCUAGAAGGGCAGAGGGGCUGGGCCCAGAAGUGUGGACCCUAGGAGGGCAGAGGGGCUGGGUCCAAAAGUGUGGACCCUAGGAGGGCAGAGGGUCUGGGUCCAAAAGUGGAAAAUGUUACUCAUUUUGUAAGGCUACUGCUUAUGUACAAUUGAACAACGUGACAAGAAGCAUCCCAGGACAAAGGAAAAUCACUGUUGUAUAAAGGAAGGGUGUGCCCCCCCUGGAGACAGAGAUUUGGAUCUCUGUGGUGUACAGGUCAGGGUGUUGAUAUCUGUUAGAAUUGACUAUCCACCAGAUCAAUUCCUGUUAAUGUCCUUAAUUUGGAUUAUUAUUUUAAUUCUUUGAGUAAAUAAAUCAUCUGAGGGGGUAACCACAGUCUAUGUAAGUAGAAAUCUUUCAGCCUCUUGUCUAGUUCAGAUAUCAAAAGGAACAGGUAGGUAGUACAGGCCUGUCUGGCCUUUUACUGUCUGUCAAUUUGUGUUUUUUUUAUUCAGUCCCAUUAUACAAAGUGAUU